CGGCGGAAGAGGACAGGAGAGGGAAGCCGAGCCGCGGCGCGAGGGCAGAGAGCGCGGCCUGGAGGAGCUUCUGCCAGAAGUAACAGGAAUUACCACAGACUACAGGGAGGUGAAACAUCCAAGCUGCCCAACCUCUUGCAGUAAUGUGGGGGCAUGUGUUAGGAAUCAGAUUCUGCAGUACACCAAGGUGAUGGAAGGCCUUCUCUUCCCAGAGGACAGCGGUCACCCUGCUCCUAACUGCUGUGGUCUGAUGUCAGGGUACAUCCAACAACUGGAGCUCCAGGUUGGCAAAUGACAGCAGUCACACGACAGGAAGUGCUGGGCCUUUACCGCAGGGUAUUUCGGAUAGCCAAGAAAUGGCAGUCGGCAUCGGGACAGGCAGAAGAAACUGCUGCAGAGAGGGAGUACAUUAUAAAAGAAGCCAAAACAUUGUUCCGAAAAAACAAAGAAGUGACGGAUCCGAAGCUGAUUAAGCAGUACACAGAAGAAUGUGAGGCAAGAAUAGAAAUUGGACUUCACUAUAACAUCCCCUACCCAAGACCUAUCCAUCUGCCUCCCAUGGGUCUUACCCAGAAACAAGGCCGUACAUUUCGACACCAGGAAAAGUUGAGGAAGAUUUCUAAGCCAAUAUACCUGAAAUCCCAUGAUGAAAUUUCAUAACCCAUCAUUUCAGCUGUGAUGUGUUGGGAUUGUAGUGCAGGUGGUUUGUGUGUACAGCUGUGAAUGAAGCUGUUCUAGUCACUUGCUCCCACAUCACCUGAGGCCUCACCAGAAAGCCAUGGAUAUGAUGCACACGAUGGCCAGAGCUGGGCUGGUAUUUGCUACCGUUCAGCCACUGACUGAUCAAUAAAAGUGGCACUUGGCAAGGAGUGAGGUGUGAUACUUCAACAUCAGGACAAAUUACAACAGUUUAUCAAAUCCUCUUAAUCCAUAGCAGGAUUAUUCUGUUGUUUGAGGAUUAUAUAUGCUCAGUUAUGAUUCAGGGCAAGGGUCAGCAAAAAGAAAUGUGCUGGUUUCAUAGUACCUUUAUGGUGCAGUGUAUUUUCUAAAGAGACAGUAGCAAAGGGAUGACAGGGAUGAAAGGGAUUUCUUUUUUUGCAGACUGCUCAGCAAUAGCCAGAGCCUUUGUGUCAGCUCCUUUCCCCCACCCUUUGGAGAGGAGGUGGAUGUGAAAUUCCAUGUUUGGAAUUCUGAUACGGAACAAAAAGCAAAACACUCUGUGUUGCGUUGCUCUUGUUCUCAUGUAAGAACUGACUGCUUCCCCUCAGGGUAUUGCCACUGGUGAAGCUUAAGCUAGUUGUGGAAUCUCUGCAUUUUCACAUGGUGAGCCUGCCAACAAAACUAGCAUCUCAGCCUUCUCAGCAGAUACUGCAGCAUUAGAUUUUAACCUAACGCUGUGGACAGAAUCACAUCAUUAAAAUAAAAGAAACUUUUCAGUUUCCUAAAUUCAGAGAAUAUUUCUGUUUCUCAGGUGUCCUACGAAUGGAAGUGAGAUGACAGCUCUUUUCCCCUGGCCCCAAUUACUUUUGCUCUGUUUGAGCUCUCUGCUUCCCAGAUCUCUGUAGGCAAGUUGGCAAAGCCUUCCCUGCUUCAGGCUGGGAGUAGUGAUGAGGCCAAGUAGCCAACAAGAGCCAUGCUGUGCUGGGAGACAUCCUGAGCACAGCCCACAGCUGCUUGAAGGACAAGAGGCAUGAGCUACGGCUUCUCCAACCAGAAGUUAGUGGUGGCAUAAAAGCACAUUUGAACAAUGCAGUGUGUAUUAUUUUCUAUUAAUGUGGGCAGAACUCAAUGAAAUCUCAUUUUCUCAGCUCUCCAACUGUUCCUGAACUCUCCAAAUCCUAACAGAAAGAGGGACAAAGAGAUAUUCUUGUCUGUCUUAAAAAUAGGUUUAAACUGAUGACGUAUGAAACAGAAUGACACGUUGCCCCAGGAAUGUACUUAGAAGAAUGAAAAAUUAUCAUUUCAGGCAGUUGAGAAAGUGCAAGGGAACAAGGAGGAGAGCUGGUCAGUGUGACAGGCACUGCCCAGCCCAACUUCUGGCUGCCGUUAAUGGCUCCAGCCCACAAAGGUAUGUGUUCCCAGGUUGUUACUUCCUGGGAAUGCCUCAUGGAAGAAGAACCCUGCACUGAACAUGUAGAACUGUUGUUCUGCCUGUCCAUGUGGACUCUGCCAAUUCCUACUGCCAGGAAAACACAAAACUCAACUCCCUUCGUCUAGGAAGAGGGAGAUGAUGGAAGUCAGAGACAGUAAGAAAUAAUAUGAUUAUACACUGCUUCAUCCUUCAGACUGUUCUCCUGUCCUUAGUUCUGAUAUACCAGUGUAGGGAGAUAUUAGCUGAGCAAACCAAAAUCACAGAAUUGUAGAAUCACCAAGGCUAGAAAUGGUGGGGAGAGAAGGAUUUUGAAUGGAAACUUAGGCACGUUCUUUGUCAUGAAAUUAUGGCUUGAAUUUUUUUAAUUU